CAGGCAUAUGCUUCACUACAGUCCAUGCCCGGUUAGAUCCAACCACACAAAGACCUCUCUCCCUUGCUCUCCUCCCACUUCUUCUUCCAAGAGAUACACAAAAUAGAUCAGACAUGAGUGACCGAAAACCAGAAGCCACCAAAGUGGCUUCUCAAGGCCCCAGUGUCUCCCUCCCCUAUGCCGUCACCCCACGGCUACGCCGUAACAAAAGGUUUGCCUUCGCCUGCGCCAUGCUCGCCUCCAUGACCUCCAUCCUCUUAGGCUACGAUAUUGGAGUGAUGAGUGGCGCUGCGAUAUUCAUCAAAGACGACCUUCACGUGAGUGACACUCAGAUAGAGAUCCUCCUCGGCAUCCUCAACCUAUAUUCCCUCGUCGGCUCCCUCGCCGCCGGCCGGACCUCCGACUGGAUCGGCCGCCGCUACACCAUCGUCUUCGCUGCCGUCAUCUUUUUCAUUGGCGCAAUCAUGAUGGGCCUCGCCCCUAACUACGCCUUCCUGAUGGUCGGCCGCUUCGUCGCCGGCGUCGGCGUCGGCUACGCCCUCAUGAUCGCCCCCGUCUACACCGCCGAGGUCGCCCCCGCCUCCUCCCGCGGCUUCCUCACCUCCUUCCCGGAGGUGUUCAUCAACUCCGGCAUCCUCCUCGGCUACGUGUCCAACUUCGCCUUCGCCAGGCUCCCGCAGCACCUGAACUGGCGCCUCAUGCUCGGCGUCGGCGCCAUCCCCUCCGUCUUCCUCGGCGUCGGCGUCCUUGCCAUGCCGGAGUCCCCCCGGUGGCUCGUCAUGCAGGGCCAGAUCGGCGCGGCCAAGGAGGUCCUCGCCAAGACCUCCGAAACCCCGGAAGAAGCCGAGGAACGCCUCCUCGACAUCAAGAACGUCGCCGGCAUCCCCGCUGACUGCAACGACGACGUGGUAGCGGUCCAGAAGCAGAGCCACGGCGAGGGAGUGUGGAAGGAGCUCUUCCUGAGGCCAACGCCAUCGGUCCGUCGUGUCUUGUUAUCAGCGAUCGGAAUCCACUUCUUCCAGCAGGCCUCCGGUAUCGACUCUGUGGUGCUCUACAGCCCCCGAGUUUUCAAGAAAGCCGGAAUUGAGAACAAUAACAAGCUGCUCGGCACGACGGUGGCGGUCGGAUUCACCAAAACUUUGUUCAUCCUGGUGGCAACCUUCAUGUUAGACCGCGUUGGCCGGCGACCUUUGUUGUUGAGCAGCACUGGAGGAAUGAUAGUGUCCCUGGCCAGCCUUGGGUUCGGGCUCACCGUCAUCGAUCACCACCCACAUGGGCAGCUGCCGUGGGCUAUUGGGCUCAGUAUCGCAUCCAUAUUGGCCUAUGUCGCCUUCUUUUCAAUCGGUCUGGGGCCGAUAACUUGGGUCUAUAGCUCAGAGAUCUUCCCAUUGAGGCUAAGAGCACAGGGGGCGAGUGUAGGGGUGGUGGUGAACCGGGUGACAAGUGGUGUGAUCACGAUGACCUUUAUAUCACUCUACAAAGCCAUUACUAUCGGCGGGAGCUUCUUCUUGUAUGCCGGAGUCGCGGCGGUGGCAUGGGUGUUCUUCUUUACUUACUUGAAGGAGACCAGAGGGAAGACUCUGGAGGAGAUGGAGAAUCUGUUUGGAAAGAAAACAGAAGAGAAGAAGGAUGGAGAAGUUCAGAUGACCGGGGGAGGGAGUAAUGGGAAAGAUUGAUUACUUCAUGGUGUUUUCUGUAAGAUUAUUACGCUGGUAGAAGCUUGGCCACGAGAUGCGGAGGGGUUUAGGUGGGAAGAUUCUCUAACGUGCCCCACGAGGCACUAGGACGGCCAACCGGUGCUUUGGGGUUGACGUGGAAUACCAAAACGUUUUCUUUUUACUUUAAGGGAAAGUAAGAAAGUUGCAUAAGUAUUGGAAGUCUUGUUCGGCGGAUCUGUCAUGGAUGUCGUGUUCCAAGUCCAUUUGAUUCGAAGGAGUUAAAUAAAAGGUCGGAUAAGAAGAUUUCGCCGUCAACCAAGCAAAAACGCGAGUACUGUUGUGUUUAUGUUUUUUGUUUUUUUUUUUCUGUAGAAUGUUUAUGGAUCUUUUGUGAGUGGAAGUGGCUUUCUUAGAAAUUUCAAAAGCUUAGCCAGCCAACUUAUUUUA